AUGGAGAUGCCUCGAUGUGGUGUACCGGAUAUCAUCAAUGGUACCACCUCCAUGAGAUCAGGAAAGAAAAGGGGAGGACAUGGUUCAACUCACACAGUUGCUCACUUUUCUUUCUUCCAAGGAAGCCCAAAAUGGCCUGCCAAUAAGUAUCACCUCACCUAUGGUUUUCUUCAAGGCACCCCAUCUGAGGCUGUGGGCGCAAUUGCACGAGCUUUUUCAACAUGGCAGGGCAACACACACUUCACGUUCAGCCAAGCCCAAAGCAUUGAGAGCGCUGAUCUGAAGAUCGGUUUUGGAAGGCGUGAUCAUGGAGAUGGACACCCGUUUGAGGGGCCACAGGGGACCGCUGCCCAUGCAUUUGCUCCAACAGAUGGGAGAUUUCACUACAAUGCUGAUGAGACGUGGGUUGUGGGUGCUGUGCCUGGUGGUUUGGACUUGGAGACUGUUGCUUUGCAUGAAAUUGGGCACCCUCUUGGGCUUGGCCAUAGCUCUGUUCCAGGAGCUGUCGUGCUUCCUGAAGUCCGCACUGGAUUUACCCAGAGCUUGCAUGCGGAUGAUAUUCAAGGAAUUAAAGCUUUAUACAACACUUGA